ACCAACAUUCAUUUAAACAUCCAUUACACAAACCAUAAAUUUACAAGUAUAAUAGUAACAUAACUUAAAUAGCAAUGGAAAAGUAAACACCAUAGUUUUUCAUUACUGUUAUCCUUUGCUUCAUUCGGCCAGAAUGUCUAAAGCUUCCUUAAAAACCAAACCAUCCAACACACGAUCUGGAUCACAGCAUAAGAGGAAACAGCAAGAGCAGGAGAAGAUCCUAAAACCUUUUGACUUCUGCUGUUCACUUGAUAAUAUUGAUUCAUUAACAAAAUAUGAUAGACUUAAGACACAUUUCAAACAUUCAUUGACUUCUGUACAUGCAAUAAAUGAGAGUCCAACUUUAAAAUUACGGACACAAUUUACUGGAAAUGUAGAUCCUGAAAUAAGGAAAAGAAAUCCUAAAAGAAGCCAGUUUGAAACUGGAGAUUAUAAGCAUAAAAAUUAUAUGAAUUCAAGAUAUAGAUCUCAAUUGAGUAGUUCACAUGUUUCUGAAAAUUUAUAUACCAAAAGGACGGAUAAUAAGCUUCAAGGACCAUUGGGCUGGUAUUUGGAAAAUGAAACUGCAACAGGAAAAAACAAACUAUGGAAUAGAAAGCAAAAAGCAUAUAAUGAAGAAAUGGAUAGAAAUACUGAAAUUGGGAAGAAAAAAAUACAAUCUGAAAUACAAUAUCAAGUAAAUAUGUAUCCACGGUGGUAUCAAGAUUUUUCUAUUAAACAAAUAAAGGACUUAGGGAUGUUACAAUGUACAAUGAAAAAGGAUUGUGAAGAAAUGGUAACAGGACGUACUCAAAGAACACUUAUAUCAAUUGGAAUUACAUCUACAUUUUUUACACUUGCACCAAAUGUUAUUAGAAAAUUACAGGAAUCUUCAAAUUGCGAUGUAAUCGAAUUUUUAAGAGAAAUUUACAAGGCAUUAACAGGAAAUUAUUUUGAAGAAGAAGGAUACAAAGAUUUACCAGAAACUAUUAUGGAGCUAUAUAAACGUUUGCCUCCCGUGACAAUGCCAAAAUUACGUCCAAAACCUAUUCCACCAACAAUAUCAAUAAGACAAAAAAUGGAAUCACCAUAUGAGGAAGAACUCUUUACAAGACCAGAUUGGGUAUCUUAUUACAAUCGGUUACUGCGUUGGCAAAAAAUGCGCGAAUUAACACCAAUACCAAAUGUAAUAUUACCUCCCAAAGAUUGUAUUUCAAGUAAUUAUAAAAAUGGAAGGGAUAAUCUUAAUGGUGAAGAAAUUCGAAGUAAUAAAUUAGAAAAUAUUGUUCAAAAUAAUCAAUUAGUUCAUGUUAAAAACAAUUCUCCUGAUCAAACAAGACAAAGUCGCAAUAUCUCUAUUAAAAGAAAACAAGAACAAAAUAUUUCUGUUGAUACAAAGCAGAAGUAUGAUACUCCAGUCAAAGUGGAACAAAAGACUAUUGUUAAAAAAUUCAGUAAUAUACCAACUACUAAACGCACUAAUGUUUCUACUAAUGAUUUAACAAAUUUUAUUGAAUUAAAACAAGAUGAAGACAGUUAUAAUAAGAAUCAAGAUGAAACAUCAAAACAGGAGGACAUAAUAAAUAACAUAAUAGAUAAAGAAGAGAAAGUAAAUCAUGAUUCAGAAAAAUCUGCUGCUCUUGAUAUUCCACCUUUGUAUGGUGAAAAUAGACUAUUUGAUUUUACAAUUAAUGGAAUUUGCGAAAAUACGGGUCCAGUGGAAUAUAAGAUAUGUGGAGUUUUACAGCCACCUCAGCCAAAUAAGAAAUCUUGGCUUGGUAAGAAACAUGUACAUUACAUAAUAUCUGGGGCUUCUGACGAACCACCAACUUGUCCUGUAACGUAUGAAAUGACCGGCGUUGCAAACGUAACACCAUCUAAUAGCGAUGAAAGAUUCUUGGCAGUGCUAAAACUUGGAGAUGGGCCGAACAAAAUUUAUCCAAGCGGUAGAAAGAAUUUGUCUCGUCAUUGGCAAGAAUGGCUGCAAAACGUGGAUGAAGAAUUUCGGAAAGUAGAAAGAGAUGCGAACAAAAUGAUAAAGAACAUAGAAGCUAUAACAAAACUAGUGUUUCCACAACCUACAUGUGACAGCUGUUGCUCUUGCAGGCAAACCAGAAAAUCAUAUGUAAAGGCAAAGGAAACAAAAGCACCUUAUUUCGUAAUAGAUACCAUAACUGAAGACGAUAAUCGAAACCAAUAUAUUGUAGGCUCAAUGGCAAUGCAUUCUCCUGCACCAACACCUCCAGAAUCAUCGGUGAAUUUACUAGAAAUUAUAGCUUCCGAAGAUGUACUCACAACGAAUCUUGUAAUAAGUGGUGUAACACAUGAAACAGGUGAAACGCAAUAUUUCAUUUCGGAUUCUAAAAAAGAGGUGAUACGCGUACCAGCACGAGUUGUAGAACGUCCACCACCUAGACCACCUAGAAAUGUCCCACCAUGUGUGUGUGCAAUUCAACAAAUAUUUAAUAAGAGCUUAAGCCCAACAUUAAGUCAUGAUAAUAUACCAUGGACAAAAGAUGAUGGAUUAUGUUUUGGAAAAAAAUUUAGACCUCAAGAAUCUCCUGCAUAUUCUUGUAAAAUGUAUCCAGGUGAUAAGUCGUGUAGAAGAAGUCCAUUUAUGAAUGAAAUAACUCGAUUAAAAAAAAAAGCUGAAAAGGAAAAACGAAAAGAAUUAAAAGGUAACUCCACUUCAGAAAAGAAAAUGUAUAGUAUUGCAGACUUUCCACCCUGUGGAGAUGAACAUGGUAUGGGUAUCUGUGGAGGGCCCUGGGGUGCUUUGCAUACCUUAACUCCAGAAGAACUGGCAGAACAAGAACGAAUACGAAAACAAAUACUCAGAGGCCCCCCUUGUGGAACAAAGCCUGGACGAGCAGUCUGUAAAGGUCCGUUUGGAGAGCGAAUACCAUUGAAACCACCACAGAUACAUAUAGAUGAAGAAAUUCCAGGAGAAGAAGAGGUUGAAGAAGAAGAAGAAGUAGAGGAAGAAGAGGAGGCAACCAAGAAAGUUCCUGUGAAGGAAGAAAAAAAAAAAGAAAGGAAGCGCGAUACAAAAUGUUAUAUGAGUCCAGACUCUAUAGCAGGCAGAAGAACGUUAGUGGAGAGGAAAGUUGAAAAAUUCAUUCCUGAUCCCAACUAUCCUGGCUAUGAUGAUCCUUGGAAUAUAUUUCGUACAGCACCAUCGCAAAAAGAAUCCGAAACUGACUUUAAAACGUUAUUAAAACUUAGUUCUCCAAAACCACCAGCAACACCUGUGCCUUCUAAGGCAGUAAUAGAUGAAAGUGAAGAAUCUCCACCAGAUAAAAGUAUUUCGAAAUCCUCUUUAAAAAAAAACAGUUCGAAAGUCUCCGCCGUUUCAAAACAAGUUUCAGUAUCUAGACAAGUUUCAAAAAAACAAAUUCCAGGAAGAUCUAAAAGCGAGUUAAGAACGACUAAAAUAAAAUCAAGAUUAAAAUUAGACGACGAGAAAGAAACUCAGAGCAUUAAGAGUAAAAAAAUAUCCGAUAAAACAAUAAUAAGUGAUGUUAAAACGGAAGAUAAAAAAUUUCUAAAAUCAGCAAGGAGUAAAAGCAAUCAAAGGAUGGAUGUAAAACCUGUGUCUUCUAGGUAUGAGAAAAAAGGAAGUCAAAGAUCAAAAACUACAGCAUCUGAAACUGACAGAAAGUCAUCUACACAUGUAAGUUCUGGUCAACUUAGUAAAAGAUCUAAAGAAAAAUCACGUGAUUUAUCAAGCGUCAGUAUUGACAAACAAGAGCAGAAAGGAAAAAGAAUGAAACAAUUAAGUAGCAAAUCACUUGUAGGGACAAAUAUUAAGAAGAAGAAGGUAAGUAGACAAUUCAGUGCAAGGAAAAAGUCAGUAAAACGAGAUAGAAAGAAAGAUAUGCAGAUUGACGAGGAUGUAGACCCUGAAACACAACACAGAAACAAAAUACAAGAAUUAAAAAAUAUGAUGAAAUCUUCUGAAAACUAUCCCUAUGAUGUUAAACCAGUAGAAAUAUCAGAAAAAGGUGCAACAAAAUGUAAAGUGGAGUAUGUAGAUUCAGAAAUUGUACCUACUUUUGUGCAGAAAAAAGAGGAUGCAGAUGCUCAAUUGCCAAGCAAAGGUACUUGUGGCUGGAAAACAAAGUCAGAACAAAAUUUACCAACGAAAAAAACUUUAGUUUAUCUCACGGAUCCAGAUUACCCUCCAGAAACAGUAGAACUAAGGUCAGGCGGAAAACCAUGCACUUGUCGGGAAAACCGGGCUACUAAGAAAAUAUUAAUGUACAAUAUUAGCGGACUUAUAGGUAGUAAAAAAGAAAAUGACGAUGAAAAGAAAUUAUUAGGAAAAAAGAAAGAUGAUGAUAAAAAGAUGCAAGUUAUAGAUGGUGUCAUUUAUUACACUCCACCGCCAAGUCCUCGUAGAAGUGAAGAAUAUGUACCUGAGUAUGAUCUUUAUGAAUCACCAUAUGAUAUGUGCCUUACGAAACGUAAAGAUGAAAAUCUGAAAUUUAUUGAACAAUAUGGUAGACCUAAAGUGUCGGAAACUGUAAAGGAUAGAGAUUCUUGUGGUUGCAAUGAAUACGUAGAUACAUAUGGUAUUCAACUUACAGAUGGAAAUGACGAAAAAGUUCGAGCGUUGAAAGAAUUCGAUAAAACUAGAGAAACGUUAAUAAACGCAAAACCACCGAAAGAACGUUGGAGCCUAGCGCUUAAAGAUCCAGGGUUAAUUGAUUACUAUACACGUUGCAGGGAUAGCAUGCCUUGUUGGUUGAAAUGUACUAAGUUUAAUAAAGUGGGUUGUGCUAUACCACAUAAAAAACUUAAAACAAAAAGACCAGUUUGUGAAUGUAAGUAUGAGAGAAAAGUACUUGAAUAUAAAGAGGAGAAAGUGAAAUGCAAAGAACGCCAAAAACGAUUAAAAUCUUUGAAAAAGCAACCGUACAAAAAUGUUACGGAUAUUUCUAAACCAUUGAUACCAAAUACAAAGUUAAUGAUAUCAGGUGUAAGAAGAAUUCCAAGGGACGAUGAAUAUAUAGACGAUAUUAAAUAUUGUAUAACUGGCGUUGCUGAAAAUUAUUCCCAUUUACCGCCCAAAGAAAUAGUAGGUGGUAUAAACAUGGCUACACCUAUUCAGACACCUGAACCAAGUGAACAGGAAAUACCAUGUGUUUGCUUGCAUCGACAUUGGUCAGCUAUAAAAGUUCCUCCUGGACCACUGCCAAAGCCAGAAGAAAUUAUGCUUGCUGAAAAGAAACGAAGACAAGAAGCAGUAAUAGAAGCAUUCCGUGAAAUUUACGCUCCUCAACCAGUAUAUCAUACACAUGACGAUCAUAGUUGUAAAGAAAAGUGUAAUGAGGCAGAAGAUGAUGAAGAGGAUAAAGCAACAUUAAAGGACAAAGAAUUUGUUCAGGAUGGCGAUAACAUUGUAGUAUCGCGUUCUCAAACACCUGUUGUAGGUAAAAACGGAUUGACACAACGUUUUCAACAAGCAAAGCAGUACAUUAGAUCAACUAUUGAUAAUCCUUCAACUAAAAUUGAGACUAAAAGAGAAGCAAUACAAAAGAUUUCUGAAAUUAAAGCACUGAGUUUGGACAAGGGAAGUAAAGAUAAAAAUGUAAUAACGCAAAAAACUUCUGAAAUUAAAACAAGACAUUCAUUUAAGGAAGGUAAAAAUGAAACAAGUGAACAAACCUAUUUACAGACUCCUCAAAAGUCUGACUAUAGAGAAGUAAUUGGUGAGAGACAAUUGCAAAGUGAUGCAACUGAAUUAAAUACAGAAAAUAUAGAUAUUUCUAAUGAAGAUGUUGAUCCUACUGACAAUUCUAUAAUGGCCAUAGUAAAGAUCGAAUUAAAGAAAAUGGCAGUAGAAGGAUUUUUGUUUGCAAAAUUACCAAAAUGCUUUUUAAUGCCACAGUUACGAUUUUGGUUGAUGUAUAGAAAAGGAAUAGUUCUUAGUGAUGCAUAUAGAAGAAAAUCAGUACGCAAUAGUAUUAAGAUGUGGAAUAUGUUAGAUGUUUUAACUACUAAAUCCAUAAUAGUACCUCCACCGUUAAAACUGACGAAACUUCAGCUUAGAAAAUUGACUUAUGAUAAUGCAUUGGAAAUGAAAGAAAAGAUCGCGAAGAAAAAAACUAUAUUUUACAGCGAAGUUCGAAAGAAACGUGUAUUGUAUGCACGAUCAAUGUGGGAUUCUAUGCAAUAUGGAAAUUUCCCAACAAUAUGGUUUAAACAAGCGUAUUUUACUUAUAUGGCUAAUAAAGAAGCCGAUGGUCAUGUUUUUAAACCGUGGCUUCCUUCUGAAGUACGCGAAAUGAACUAA